CAGAGCAGGAAACAAUCUGAGAGAACUGGAUUUUCUAGCUGUAAUAAAUAAGAGCAGCUCUUCUCCAUCUCUAACUAUCCCUUGCCAUCUAGAGUUACACAUUGACAGGAGUACAACGAGGAGGACAAAGCCAGCACCUACACUGGUUCUCAUGCUCAGAUUUGAAAAGGACUUUGUACAACAUUACCUGAUGCCAGCCUGAACAGAGUAUACUGCAUUUCAGGAAGACUUUUCUUGCUUUGGAAUUACUUUUUUUUGUCACUGCUUUGGAUUACAGUCUCCUUUUUGUGCUGAUGAUUUUGCACAUUAUAUGUUGCUGAGCCUCUUGUGGCUCAUGAAUUAUCAGCUGCCAUCCACAGUGUACCAAUAAUAUUGUCUGACCGAAACAGAAUUGCUUUGCAUAUUUCAUCUGUCAAGCAAAUAGUGUGCUUAAUGCAUUCUGCAAUGUGGCACUGAGGCACAGGGGAAUGCAUCGCUAUGGCUGCAGCCGUGCAGCAAAACGAGAUUGUUUACGAAUUUGCCAGCAACUGUAUGGAAGAACAACAGCUUGGUGAUCCCUCCAUUUUUCCUGCUGUGAUUGUGGAACAAGUUCCCAAUGCGGAUCUCCUUCAGGAUUACUCUGGUUUGGCCUGCAACAAUCGCUCUGUAGAAAUGAUACAUGAAAAUUCCUUGGAUGUUGCUGAGGAACAAAUCAUAGAGGAGGAAGACAUCACAAUUACAGUUGAAGCUUCCUGUCAGAAUGGAGAUGAAACAAUGGAAACUAUUGAAGCUGCAGAAGCUCUUCUGAACAUGGACUCCCCAAAUUCUGUUCUGGAUGAGAAACGCAUUACUCAUGUAAUUGUGCCGUCACCUGGAGAAAUAAUUGCUACCCCAGUUACCCAAAUCUCAGUAAUUGCUGAUGGGAUGCCAGAAGUGCUGGAGGUUCACCAUGUUCAAGAAACACAAGUGAAACCAGUGGCUCACCAGUCAGAGCUACCAAAGAAGAAAAAAGUCAGAAAGCAAAAGCCGCCUAGACCAGAGUCGCCUAAUACUCCUCAUAUCAAUGUGAAAAGGAAGAGUAAAGAUGGAAAAGGUAAUACAUUAUACCUCUGGGAAUUUUUAAUCGCCUUGCUCCAGGACAAAUCAACAUGCCCAAGAUAUAUUAAAUGGACACAGAAAGAGAAGGGGAUCUUUAAACUGGUUGACUCUAAAGCUGUUUCACGUCUUUGGGGAAAGCACAAAAACAAACCUGACAUGAAUUAUGAGACAAUGGGAAGAGCUCUGAGGUACUAUUACCAGCGGGGCAUUUUAGCCAAAGUGGAAGGACAGCGAUUGGUCUAUCAAUUUAAAGAAAUGCCCAAAGACCUAGUAUACAUUGAUGAUGAAGACCCAUCAUAUGUGGAGAGUUGUGAGAUAAAUGUGGAGCACAGCAACCCUGGUACAGCGCUUGCCUCAAAGACUUCACUCAGCAGCAAAAAUACAGCCACAAAGCAAAGGGGAAGGUAUAUAAUGACAGAAGCAGCAACCUUGGUAACAGAGCAGUCAGCCCCUACUGAUGGAGCUCUGAAUGCGGCCUUGAACAAUAAAGGAGGCAAAUCUGUCAAGACUUUGGAGCUUAUACAGCAGCACCAUUUACCUGUAGUCUCUGCAGAAAUGCUAAGAACUUUGCAGACCCUUCAGUCACUGCAGGCUGGGCAGCAUGGCUCUGUGUUUAGGACAAUGCAGAUUCUGGAAAACCUUCAGAAUACACAGGAGCUUGGAAAUGAUUCUUCUCAAGGGACAGCAUUAAUUACCAUGCCAGGCGAGUCAUUUGAAGUGAAAAGCGCUUCCCAGAUCCCCGUGGUUGUGGCACCAGGUGGGCAACAACUUCAUACGGUUACCCUGCAGGCACUCCCAGUGAGCUCGGUCAUAUCAAGCAGCGAAGCGUCUCCAACUGUUGUUUCAUCACCAAAGAUCUUCUUGAGCACCAUCACGCCUUCUCAGCCUUUGACCUUAGUAAAAGAAAACAUCGGACUGCCAUCUCCUGUUACGGAGCUGCCUACCUCUCCCUUGUUGCAGAAGCCUUCUCCAAGCCCACAGCCCAUCCUUCAGGCGUGUUACAACGGAAGUGUGCCAGAGGCUGCAGCCGCGGCCACACCAGUGGUGACCUUUGCAGCAGGGGGUCAGCAGCUUGUGUCUCAUCCUCCUGGCACUGUGAUAGCUUCCGUCAUUAAAGCUCCCGAGUCCAAGCAGACAGUUUUACACGCACAGGUGUUACAAAGUAAGGAAAGCGAAAGCCCACAGCAUCCGCAGUACAGUGUGCUGGUGUUUAACGAAGUGUGUGCUCAGUCGGAGGAGGACAGUUAGAAGAGAGGGAGAAGAAGACAGAGAAACUGGUGCAAAAUAUAGCACUGAUUCAAGCUGGAAAAAACUGGACAUUUUUUUUUUACUUUUUAAAUAUCAUACCUGGGGGUUUGCCACUGCUAAAAAAGAAAACAAGAGGCCGCUUCUUAUUUUUGUAUGUGUUUAAGUAGAUCUUCCUUUGAGUUAGUAUUCCAAAAGGGAAUUUUAACCUUCUAAUUUUGUUAUGCACUUAAAUUAUGUUGGUUUGGCGUGUUAUUUUAAUCCUGUAAAUCAAUUAUUCCUUUACUUUAGCUACUGGCUUAAUUCAGAUAACCUUGACUUUAUCAAAUUUUCCUGUAAUUAUUUAGCUAUCUGAAUGAAAAUAAAUAAAUCUAUAUAUUUCAAAAUGUAUAUGUAAUAUAAGAGGCUUAGUUUUGGAAUCUCAUUUUUUUGCACUCAUCUCUAACAUGUUGCCUUUACAAGAAUAUAUUCUGAGGUGCUACAAUGCAGAGGCGCAGCUGUUAAUUUGCCAUUUUUAUUGUUAUCAGCUAGAGAGUAACUUGAAAAAAUAUUUUUUUUUUUCGAUUGCUUUUGUAAAUACUGUACAUUACAAAAGAGCAGAAUCAUAAAAAUGCAGAAAAUGCUUUUUAAAAUAAUUUUGAGUUUAAUUUUUAUAUCAGUGUUAAAGUUGUUGUAGUGAAAUUUUUAAACUUCUUAUAUCAAGAGUGAAUUUGUAUUUAUAGAAAUAAAUUUUUAAAAAAUGUU